UAAAAUCAAAGUAUAAUUAUUAUAUUUUUAUUAGUAAUAAAGUAUUUUAUUUUAAAAUAAAAGCAGAAAAAAACAGUUCUUUGAUUAUAUUAAUCUUUUUUUUAAAACCACAAACUGAUGAAAUUAUCAUUAUGUGAACUUACAUAGGCCAUUUAUUUAUCUUGUUUCAUGUAUUUACAUUAUGAAAAUAAUAUACAUGCAAUUUGCUUGACCCAUGAUUAUAUUAUAACUGUUUAUAGGUUUGACCUAAAAAAAUAGCCUAUUUUAGAUUAGAUUUAAAAAUUAUAUUAUAUUAUAUAUAACCAGACAUUGUUAAUAACAAUUUAUUUAAUACUUUUUCAGUGACACACACUUAGCAAAUCGUACUGUCGUAUAAUUCAAUAUGACUUUUUUUUCUUUAAUUUUAACACCAAACGAUGUAAAUUCAUGUGUGAAUAUGUUUCGACAACAUGCAGAGACUUUAUGUCCAAAAUGUGGUAUCAAUAAAACUAUAACAGUGAAAAAGACAUUACGUCUCACCAUGGCCGUUAUAGAUAUUGAUUAUGGAGCAUUUAUUAGAAGGCCAAUGGACUGGACAUUUGAAUAUGAGACACCUCAAUUUGUGCUAAACAACAGAUUUAAAUUCACUUUAAAAAUGAAAACACCAACAAACGAUCAAGAGGUAAUAAUAUGUCACUUACAUGAAGGUAAUAAAUACCAAUCAAACAUAGAUAUACAAUUAGAUUCUGGAUCAAGUGUUGUGUUUUCUUGUCAACAAACAUGUAGUAUACAUCUUACUGGCUAUUACUUGAAUUGAAAAUCAUGUUUUGUAAAUUGGUUUUAGAGUUAUCAUAUUAUUAUUAAUAUACAGUGAAAACUGUUGGAAGUCAUUUUUAAUAAAUAUAUGUUUUAAUAGUUUUUCACAUUAUCAUUACCAAUUGUUGCUAUAGCAAUCUGUGUUCAGAAUUAUUUCUGAAUGCAAUGAUUUAAUCUUUUAUAUUAUAUAAAACUAGCUCGAAAGUCUACCGAAUCUGUACCAUAUUUUUAUUUUUUUUUGAUUGAUUGUCAAUAAAAUAUUUGUGUACUUUA